GCGUGUCCUCUUCUAGCUCAUCGUCUAGCAUAUCUACUUCGGUAUCAAGUUCUUCCUCGAGCACUACACGGUAUGGAUCAAGUAUGAUGUUUGAUAAAUUUUAGGUUAAAGACACUUGUUUAUCUUUUUUUCUUUCUUUUGCGAGAUUUGGGAUUAUUGCAUUUUUAUUGACAUGUAAAGUUGUCGGACGCUAUUUGCUUUGAAGAAGAGCUACAAUCGGCGACAAAAUUGUCGAGCUUCUUUCCGCAAAUAGGGAAUAUUCGUAGAACAUAACAAUCUGCACGCCUCCCCUCUCCCCUCUAUUCAAAGUUGGGAUGUUUGAUAUUUCUUACAGGUAGCUCGCAAAGCGGCACAACAUUGCUUGUUUCAAGUAAUUUCGCCGCUGAAAGCUCUGUUUUUCCCUUUUGAAGUUGGUCAAAAGAGCCCUUUAAGGCAAAGUGUCUCAACUAAGUUUGUCGGCGAUGGUAACCUUUUGAAUCUUUUUACGGGGGUAAACCGACAUCAUUAACUCAGCUGAUGAAGCGUGAUUUGUGUUUCACUCCAAAAAGGACACAGCAUUACUGUCUGCUUUGAAACUAAGCUCUUCAUUCUUAUUUGCAGUUUGUCAAGUUUCGUUACAACGAGUACUCCGACAACUUACACGACGUUGUCGUCAUCGUACAUCACUACCAUCACGCCCACGCCAUCAACGACGGUUCCUCUGCCAAGUGUGUGUAAGUAUACUUAGAAUAUUGGCUUUUAACCCGAGACGCGUUAUUUAGGAUAAGCAAAGCGCUGCAGAGUGGGGAAGUCACGGGUUCAAUUUUAAGAGCCAAGCAAAGGAGAUAGAUCUUCGCGUGACUGGGAUGGCCGAUUAGAAAAGGCGGCGCCGUCGUUAGUUCGUAAAAGGUGACCUGAAUUGGUUACAGUCAACUCUCUCUUAACGGACACCUCUAUAAGACGGACACUUCUGUAAAACAGACACCUAGAGUUGGUCCCUGCUUUUCUUUACUCCCCUUAUUUGACUCUCUAUAAGUCGGACACCUCUCUAAGACGGACACUUAGUGCCGGUCCCAAAGGUGUCCGUCUUAGGGAGAGUUGACUGUAUUAAGUACAUUGACACCAGUAGGAUUCAGUAAUCAUAAUCAUGGUCAUAGCCAUGAUCAUUAUCAAAAUCACAAUCAUAAGGACGGGUGACAGAAAAAGAAGAUUAGAAAGUUGAAAGGCAUCAUAAUUUCCUAUAGAAGUUCGAAAAAAGUGAGGUGUGGAGACAUAGGUGAUUUCGAUGGUAGGGGGACAUUGGAAUCAGUACCAAUGAAUUUGGAAAAAAAUCAACCUCAACGUUAUUGACGCGGAAAUCUCUGUUUAUAUGAACCUUUCACCUUACUUCUGUGAAAUAAAUUCAUUUUAUGCAAUUAUACAUCGUUAAUAAUGAUGACGAUGAUUAGUGUAGCAGAAACCAAUAUUGUGGGUGUGUAGGUACGUAUUCAGCUUUGCAGUUUGCCAGUUUAGAAACCUGAAGGGAAUUGGGCCGAGUUAAGUUUCGCAAAGACUUCUGGGACAGGGAAAAAAUUGACCAAUAGCCGACCAGUGCGUCCGUAGUAACGAUCCCAGGAGUCUCUGCGAAAGUUAACUCGGUCCAGUUUCUUUCUACUCUCCUUUUAAUUCAAAUAUACUAUUCUUUUUAAAUCAAAUUUAGCGUCGAUCUGUCCUUCUUGUGUGUACAUAAACAGCAAGAACGAAACCGAAUAUCAUGCGGUAAGUAUUUACCAUUUUUAGUUAGUUUGUUUUGUUAUUUAGUUAAUUUAAGCCCACCAGGACCUAUUAUCCGUCUGUUGCCCGUAUUGUCUGUUGUUGUCUGACUUCAAGACUUACGUGAGGCGAAAGUUCGUCAAGGCAGAUGAUCCGUCUGAUUCACACAGUUGUACGUAUAAGGGAGUGUCUGACGAACUUCAAGAUUCCUUUCUUAACGUUAUCUGCACGGUCUGGAUUGAUUAUCUUGCCUAUAGAAACCUAAGAUAAAAAUAUCUCCCAGGUCAAUUUAAAAGCGAUAUCCAUGAAAUAACUUUAAUACUCAGGUUAGUUUUUUUUUUCUGUAACUGCAGCCAAACACGUCGUGGACCGAUGGAAGUUGUAAGAAUCUCAAGUGCGUGCUGUCGGUUAAUCCAUGCUUCCCUCAGAACAAGAGUGUACAAAUACUUACUGAACAUGUGAUAUGUGAUAAAUGUCCACAGGUAAUACUAUUUCAAUAUUUCCGCGAAUGAGCGGCCUUCCCCAAAUUAACAUGUGCCAGGCUCUUAGACACGUUACUCUGGGUACCAGCGGUUUUUUGUCGCGUGCGGCGAUCGAAUGAGGCUGAGAAGACAGCAGUCACGAGCGGCGAAGCGCAGGUCACUAUAAAGAUUUUACCAAAAUCCAGAACCGGAAACUGCGCAUGAUAUUCUCAGGCACCCAGGCUCUCAGAUAGGCUGGGACGUCGCGAAAACAAGCCAAGCGAAAAUACGACGCACGUGAUCUGGAGAAUUGGGGGUGGCUUCUCUCUCCCCAGUCAUUUACUUUUCUUGGAGCCUGGAACAAGAUAUUCCCAAAUUAGCUCCCAUUCCCACGCUCGAGUGAACCAUUAGCUUUUUCCUCGAAUGAUCACGAUUUUUCAAGUGAACUUCAUGCCCCUCAGAGAAUCACUUGUUUGGGAUUAUCCGUAAACGCAAGCGUUGGAACCACUUUCAUAAGCGUGAAUAUGACUGAUCACACUUAAUAACUCUUGUUCACAUUCUUAAAAGUAAAAGCUACAUCGUAUUGCGCAAUGUACAAUAUUACGCUAUAGAUCUGCCCGUUGAUUUAUAUAGUGAAACUUGCCAAUCACAUUGUGGAUUUAUAUACAAACUCAAACUUAAAAGGACUCCAUCCUGUAGUAAAAAGCGUAUAGAUUCAUCCAUGAAUAGAAGGUAAGCCGGACUAGAAUCGAAGCACAGUAUCAUUUCUAUCAUUGUUAUAUCAUUAUUUUGCUUACAAUACGAGUCCAAGCCAUUUAUAUUUGAACUUCGCAUCCUUUAAAAUUAAAACCAGAAAAAAAAAACUAGGAACACAUAGUAAACGGUUGCUUUGGUCUUUUAGUUGACAAAUUUAUGCCAUUUUUACAGGGUUAUCUACGCCCUCCUGCGAACUUUAAAGACUGCUGCCCACCGUGUGGUAAGUGCCAAGACAUUAGAGAGUGACUCAGCAUCAAAUUUCUCCUUGUAAUAUCAAUGCUUUGUAAAACAGAGUGGUCAUGAGAAUUAUGGACAUGAUCCCACAAGAUGAAUUUGCUUGAUAUUUUAUUAACUUCUCCCCACUACUUCUGGAGGAAAUGAAUAGAGGCAACAAAGGAGAACUCAAAUUUUGAUCUUAGGGUUUAUAGGGUUAAACAAAGGCGUUUUUGAGAGAAACGCACGUCAACGGAAAGUGAGGACUUUUCCCUUUUAAUAUGGGAUCAAUUUAGGUGUCUGGGGAAACUGCCCACCUACCCCUCCCCUAAGCUAACAUUAACACUUACUUCUUGCUUAGGGCCAAAUUUUGAAAAUUUUGGCAAAACUGCUGCUCAGGAAUGUAAAAAGUCCACUUCCGGUUGACGUGCGUUGGGAUCACUGCCCGCCUAUGCCUCCCCUAACCCAACAUUUUGCCCAAGCGAGAUGUAAGUGUUAAUGUUGACUUAUGGGAGGGGUAGGUGGGCAGUUUCCCAGAAACCUAAAUUGACCCAUGCGUUGCUCAAAAACGCCUUUGCUUAAGUUCCCUAUUAUCAAACUUGGUAACUCUUCGCUCAUACAGCCGACAGCUUUAUAAGAUGGACAGCUCGGUAGAACGGAGACCAAGAUUUCUUUGCUGUCUUUAUUUUACUCUCAAUAUGACGGACAACUCUCUUAGAGGGACAUUUAGUGUCCGCGGGCCAAAGGUGUCCGCCUUAGUGAGAGUCUACUCCCACCUACCCCUUCCCUAAGCCAACAUUUUGCCCUAAGUGAGAAGUAAGUGUAAAUGUUUGCUUAGGUUGCUUAGUCGCCCUCGUCCUCGAGUCUAAGGGUCUCUAGCGACGCCUAGUUUUAAAACAAUGCUUUCUUUUGAUUCACAGAGCCAAUACCAAAUUUCAACCUCUCGCAAACUACAGGAACCUGUGCAGUUUUGAACCUUAAGCUGGAUAAAAUCCGAGACAAAUCGAACUGCACUUCGCUACGCAAGUACAAUUUCACUCAAUGCAGGGGCCAUUGCGACUCCGUCUCGACCGCCACAUAUGGGGACGAGGGCUACGAGUCCUCUUGUAAUUGUUGCCAGCCAGAGGACGUUGAGCGUUUCAAUAAUGUUGUGUUGAAAUGCCCGAACGGCGAAACCCGAAGGACCAACUUUAUGGAGAUUAAAACCUGCAAGUGUCGACCUGCCAGAUGCAUCACCGUGCCGGACAAGAGUGGAAUGUUAGAGACUAAUCCGCAAGGCCAGGUUUUUGAAUCUAAUCAACAACAAAAUGUUCGCAAGCGGCGUCGUUAA